CAGACUUUCCAUGGCGGACGAGGGAACAAUAGAACGGCCGUCAGUAAAGUUCAACAUUUAUAUCACCAUGAAGAAGUAUUAAAGGACAGACUGAGCCAGAAUGAACGUUCCUGUCUCAUCGAAUCACCCACAAAGUUAUGCAAUCAUUCAAGGCAGCCAACCCCCUCUCCUAGCUACAGCAUCUACCUCUGCCACUCUACAAGCCGGACAUCAGCCCAUAGGUAGUGGGGGUGAUGUUCACAUCUGUGGUGCGUGUGGGUCUCAGUUCACAGAGAUCAAGGAAUUUGUCAACCACAAAAGACAAGGAUGUCAGGCAGGUGGUGGUGUGGGAGCAGCAGUCAAUGUGUCACAGCCUCAGUUGACAUCACAGUCAACAGUUCACCAGACACAUCCAGCUCCUGGUUCUGUGCAGAUGGGCAUGCCUGUGGGGAUGCCACAUGUUAUCCUACAAACAGCGUCUGGACCACCACAGAUGUAUCGCAUUGUCUUAGAGCCCAGUGUGGGUAACAAUUCUUCUCAGAGUACCUCUAUCCAGGCUGCCACACCCAUCUUGGCCCAAGCUCUGUCUGGGGGUCCUGUCCCACACCUUGCACCCAACUCAGGACAUAAUCCUCACCAUACACAUAACCAUGCGCAUCACAGCCCUCAUCCUCACCAGGAAGGAGUAAACCAGGUGGUAGGUCCAGCCACAACAACAUCUGGGGCAUCGAGUGGUUCUCUCCUGCAGCUGGCAAAUGUAGGAGGGGAAACUUGGCACACUGGUGGAGCAGCCACACUAACACCUUCAGGAUCUGUUGACAGAGAAGGAAAUGGAGAGAAAAGGGUAAUGGUAGAGGGUAAUCCUGCAGGGAGACCUCUUGAAGUUAAUCCUGGAAGGGGAAAUAAUGGAACUCCUACAGGGUCUGUGGACAGAGGAGGACUGGAGGGGGAUAGUGGAGGGACGACUACCUCCUCGAGCAUGCAUACCGAAGAGGAGGAUGUGGCCACUUUCUUGGCUACACAGUUGGCAAGUCAGGCAGCACCACCACACUCCACUACUGUUGUAAGUGAACAACUGAUGUCAAGUGUUGUAACUAAUGAAGGUCAGCUGCACUACACUUCUGCCCCCACCCAACCCAACCACCACCACCACCAACACCAAGUGCAACUUAACAUGCAGCACCAGCACCAGGUAGAUUCAUAUGGCAGUGGAAUUCGGUCAUCAGGAUCUGGGAGAAGACCAAUGAAAGUGUCACCAACAGAAGAUACUUUACACUCUUCAGUGCCGGUUGAGAGCAAAGUGGACGUUCUUAGUGCAUGUGCAAAAGAGACUGUAGUCGUUCAUGAUGGUAUCCACAAGGAGAAGGCUUGCCCUAUGAAAGACUGCAAUUUUACCACCUCUCAUAACAAAGAUCUUAACCGUCAUAUACGAAAACAUACUGGAGAAAAGCCUUACCGGUGUGAGGAGUGUGGAACAUGCUUCUCCAGAGGUGACAAGCUCAAGGUCCAUGCUCGAAUACACUCCAAUAUGCGGCCAUAUUGGUGCCAGGAACCAGGUUGUCAGUACCGUGCCAUAGACUCAGGCAGUCUUAGGAAGCACAUGAGAACACACACGAACGAACGACCUUAUAGAUGCCAGUUAUGUCCAUAUAGUGCUAGAGAUGGUUCUCAACUUACAGUUCAUCUAAGAACACACACAGGAGACACACCAUUUCAGUGUAUGAUUGAAAAUUGUUCUGCAGCUUUCAAAACAAGUUCUGAUCUUCGUCGGCAUGAAAGACUUCACACUGGUGUAAAGCCUUACAAGUGUACAGCCUGUGACUAUGCUUGUGCUAUCAAGUCGAAUUUGACAGUGCACAUGAGGUUAAAUCACUUCAAGGGUGCCAAGUUCAGCUGCACUAAGUGUGAAUUCUUGGGCAACAGCCGGAAACAGUUGAAAGACCACGAGAAGUCUCACGCAAAUGUGUUGCUACAGUGUGAUCUAUGUGAUCAUGUUAGCACCAGCAGCACUGGCCUCAGGCAACACAUGUUAAUACAUUCCCAAGAAAAACCAUUUCAGUGUCGGUACUGUUCAUUUACCUGUAAGACCACAGGUAAUCUUCGUUAUCAUGUUCGAAACAAACACGGUUGUGAUGUAUCUGGUCGUAAACGAGGCACGGCUGGCAACAAUAACGUGGGAGGCCGAGGACGCAGUAGUGCUGUCGGGGGUAAUGGUGGGGGCAGGAGGACAAACAGGCCAUCGUGUUACCGCAGCUUUAAGUGUAGUGAAUGUGGCAGUGGGUUUGUGCGAGAGGACUCAUACAGAUCACAUAUGAGACAACAUGAAAAACACAAGAUGGCUCAGGCUAUAUCAGGGAAAAUGGAACCAGAUGUGUUUAGUGUUGUUGUGCAGGAUGAAGGUAUGAUUGGUGUGGAUCAGCCAACUGGACCUGACGACCCAACAGCAAGUGGUGGGGGCGUCGCCACCUUCCAGACUGUUCACAGAAUACCACACGAGUCUUUACAACCUGGUACUCUUAUUUCCCAAAGUGCUGUUGCAGCCGGUGCAGGAACACAAGGCAAUGAAAACAGCGUUAAUGGUUACAACUCCUACGUUAUCACAAUAGAUGGGAUAUCUACCGUGUUCUCAAAUCCAGUGCGUCUUGCUGGCAAUACCGUCACCACAGAAACUGGAGAUCCACUACCAGGAACAGUACAAGUCAUAACAGGAGACCUCAUCACUUCACCUGACUCUAAAGUUGCUGGUCAUCAGACGUACGACCUAAAUGAAGACAACAAAGCCGCUGCUUCUCAAACAGCAUAUGAACUAACACAGCAGGACAAAGUCAGUCAGACACAGCACCUGUAUGAUCUGGCCCCUGGAGAUAAGGUUGAUCCGAGUCAGCCAGCGUUUAAUCACCCUCAGGACCAAGUACAUGCAGGAUCAAACAGGGAAUAUUUAGCACACUCAAACUCCCAAAAUGUGCAGCAAAAUGUUCUUGUUGAGCAACAACAAGGAAUUGAUGAUAAUUUGGAUAAUUCUAUUCAUGUACAUAAUUUAUCUGCUAAGUCUCCAAAAACAGAAUAGAUUUUGGAUGAGAUGUAAAUAUUUCUUAUGAAAUGUUUAGCAGUAAAACUAAAGUUAGAGGUGAAAGUGGCUACCGUAGUUACCAAUGGAUAUAAUAAUAGAAGCCCUAGUUUGUAUAAGAUUAUCAAAUGCUUUUGUGAAUAUUUUCAUAAAUGAAUGUACAAUAAAUGCAUAUACUGUAUGGUAUACAGUAUGUAUAUCAAGACGGUUUACUUUGAAAGUCACUGAAAUUUUUUGCAAUUAUAUUCAUUGGAUUUAACUGUGAUAUUUUUUACCUGUGACAAGUUAGAUACAGUACCUUAUUAUAUAUCUGAGAUAUUAUUUCCAAGAUGUAAAGUAUAUAGACAUAUAUAUUUUUUUGCAUAUGUUAAUAUACUAGAAGAAGUACACAUGAGGGUGUGACCUGGACAGCUAAGAUUACCUAGUAGUACAGUACAUACUGUAGUGGUAUUUAUGAGUCAAGUCACAUGGGCCCGAUGUCAUAUAUCACAGGCAGGUUAGGUACUGUAUAUCUCUCCUACUCUGGAUAUUUGUGAGACAGUUGGGGGUUUUACUAGUUGGUAGUGAUAUGAUUAUACUACUGGUACUGACUCACACCAGAUAUCAAUCACAUAUUGCCUUUUCAAUGAGGAUUUGAAUCUUGGUACCAAUAAACUACCAACCCAGUAAGUACUGUACAGUACAAUAAUCAUCACCAUACACUAAACACAGGUUAUCUUGAUACACAUUGCUGUAAGACUUCUGACACCAGUUCUAUGUAUGAAACACUCAUGAGAGAACUAUACUUUGGUGAGGCAACUCAUAAAUACUUGCUUUUGUCUUAAACCAGUGGAUAAGAAGUUCUUCAAAUCUGUAAAGAAUGGUAGUCCAAGUCAGAACAAAACUCUAGUACAGUACAGGUAAAUAGAAAAGAGUAAAAAUUCUGUGCAUAGUAGUGUUUUAUGCAACAGUUUGUUGAAUUAUCAGUCACCUGGAUGUAUGGAAAGUUACAAGACUAGACUGGAUUUUUUGGUAUUUAUGUUCCAACAAAAUUAACACUAAAUGAAUAAAAAUAGAAAAUAUGUACAUUCUGUAGUGAGGCUGUAAAUAAACAUUUAGGAUAAACAAAAUGGUCAGAUUACAAAAUACUGUACAGAUUUGUAUUUAAAUAUUUAAUACCUUUACAUUACUGUAUUUCAUUUCUAAUCUUGUCCUUAUUAUUAAUUUAGGCCCUUAGAGUCUGUGGUAUGUUAUGUGUAAAUGAUAAUUUAUGUUUAUGGUUUUUGGGUCCAAACAGAAGUACAGUACAGGUAUUGUGUGUACUGUACAUGAUACUCUGUAUUUUGGUUCCAUCUUAAAAUUCACAUGUUCGUGUAAUGGUUGGUCCCGAGUAUGUGUGGGCCAGAGAGGUUCUACUGUUGUACCUAUAAUUAUUUCUUGAGUCAUAUUAAAAAGAAUUAACUA